AUGCCACCCGACGGUGUUGCUGCUACUUCUGCUCCUGCUGCGUGGGGGACUCCAGUUCCAGCGGAUGCUGCCGCUGCUGCUGCUGCGGCUGCGGCUGCUACUUGUGAGCUCACGUAUGGAUUCUGGGAGCUACCACGGCUUGAACUCGGCUCUUUCCCACUCACGCCUCUGUUGCCCACUGUGCCGUGGCUAUCGUAAGUUACUCGCCGCUCGAGCCUCUCCUCCGAUUGAUCGCAAUGAGCGCAGAAGUGAUCAAAUCCAUAAGGAUUCAGGUCGAGACUAACUGCGAUGAGAUCUUCAUGUGUCCCGCGUUCUGAUGCCUUCCACACAUAAGGCCCGGAACGGCUGCUGUGUGGGCGCUUCGUAUCUAUCCGACCUGCCUCUGUCGGCCCUUCCGUAGUUUCCGCGACCUCGUGAUCCAGUUCCUGCUGAAGACAAGACGAUCGAGCCUGGGCUGACGAUCGGCCGCCCCACUGCCGCCACCGUUUGGCGCUUUGCCUCUCGCUUCUUUGAGGUGCAGUGUGGUGUUGUGA